AUGCAGCCCGUAGCAGCAGUAGGCGACAGCCCCGCGCCCGCUGAGGGCGGCGGCGCCCCAGCCCCUCCUCCCGUCCGCGCCGCCCCAUCCCCAUCCCAGCGCCGAGCAGCGAAGGUCACAUCUUUCUGUACAAAGCAUAAGAUCAAAGUUGUUGAUAUGGAGGGUCCUUACUUCCCCGUUGGCUGGCCUAGAAGGGGUGUAUGCAAUGGUGUGAUCAAUUACCACCGCUUCAAGGUAGAUAUGUUUGUGUCUGUCAUUGAUAGGCAAAUCGGUGAGCUGAAUGGCAGAUUUGAUGAGGUAAACACAGAGCUACUUAUUUGCAUGGCAUCAUUUAGUCCACUUCAUCUAUUUGCUGCUUAUGAUCAAGAGAAGUUGGUUAAGCUUGCUACAAAGUUGUAUGCUUCUGAUUUUACAAGAGAUGAACUAGCAAGGCUUCCAUGGCAACUAAAUAUGUAUGUUGCUAAUUUGCGUAGAGAUGAAAGAUUUCAAAACUUGAAAAAUUUGUCUGAGCUAUCAGUUAUGCUUGUCAAGACAAAGAAGCAUGAACAAUAUCAUAUUGUUUACAAGCUUCUGAAGUUGGUAUUGAUUCUACCAGUAGCCACUGUUAGUGUUGAAAGGAUGUUCUCUUCAAUGAGCUAUUUGAAGAAUAAGCUAAGGAACAAAAUGGGUGAUAACUAUUUGAACUAUUGUAUGGUUACAUUUGUUGAGAGAGAUUUCUUCAGGCAAGUAAAGGAUGAGGAUGUCAUCAAUCUCUUCAAGAAAGGCAAGCGCAAAGUUAUAAUGUAA